AUGAAAUCAACAAAUAUAAGCAUCAUGCUGCUUUGCUUAGCAUUGUGGACAGUUGCAAAGGGGCUUCCAGAGAAAAAAGCUCUUAAGUUUCUAGGAGAAAAUGCCAUGCGUGCUGAGCGUGGUAUGUAUACAGACAAAAUUGCAAAUAUUGAUGGAUUUUCCCCCGAUGAUAUACAGUCUGGAAAUAGGGAGUUUGAGAUCCUGCAAGAAAUACCUGAGCAUAUGGUGCUGAUUCUAUUGUGCAUGUGCUGCGGAAUUAUUGGAUACUGCAUUGGCCUAUACCUGGAUCGGGUGUUUAUGUAUGCAGAGUAUGUAAAAAGAAGAGUCAGCAGAUAUGCACAUAGAAUGUCCAGGAGCAGAACAUCCGGCGAGACCUCUUUAGAUUCUGUAUAA